UCUAUAAAGCACUAACAGGCUACAAAACGAUGGGGGAAAAGACAGAGGCCACUACUACCCAAGGUGACUUAAUGCAAAAUCAGACUGAGGUGAUAAAUUGAUGCAGGACAGCUCUGUUUAUAACAGAAGUAACACGGGCCAGACGGCCACUAAAGAAAAAGCCCUCAGGCACAGGCAAGCCAAAGCAUGCUCCGCCUGCAACCAGGCCGGGGCAGCGCCUCAGGCCCCCGGGGGCUCCCCGCGGCCCAGACGGAGCAGCUCGGAGCGCCGCGCUGCCACCCGGCUUGAGAACCAGCCCAGCACGGGGCGGGGUCCCUCACAGGCUGGUAGGAAAAACCUGUAGUUUGGGUUGAUUUUUAUUUUUUUAAAAUAAGAACCCUCAGGUCGAGUUUCCCACCUCCUGCCCCGCCUGCUCCAGCACCCACCGAACCGCGCCCCCUCAGCCCCUCCCAUCCACAAGCCGCUGUGUCCCAACCAACGGACAAACUCAAGAGCCUUUAACUUGUCCGGCACGACCGGAGGAGGCCGCUCCGCUCCGCUCCGGAGCCACCGAGCCCGGCCCCGGCACACCCGGACACCGCUGAGGAGGCGCCGCCGGCUCGCGCGGUAGCUAGGCAACGCGAGGCGCUCUGCGACGCUACGCCUUUAAGAGGGAGUCGAGCACCUACACGACCGAUAGGCGGCUCUGCGGCCCCGCCCUCCCACAGGGCGGCCGGCGAAUGGGCGGAUGGAAAGACGCGAUCUUGGCGCCGCGGAUGAAUUCGGGGCUCGGCCGGUCGCGCCUAGAGCGCGGGGGGUUUGACGGGCUGCCGUGCCGCUCCGGCAGCCGCCGUUGCCGCGGCGCCCCGCUCCGCCCAUGGCCUCCGCGCUGGAGGACCCCGUCUUGAUCCGGCCUUUCCGAGGCCACAGAGCAGCAGUGACGGGCGUCGCCUUCAACGCGGACGCCGCGGGGCUGGCUACCUCCUCUUUGGACAGGUUUCUUAUGGUGUGGCAGCUGAAGACACAAUGCAGAGCUUACAAAUUUGUAGGCCACGCGGAAGCGGUGACCAGCGUACAGUUCUCACCAGAUGGGAAGGUACUUGCUUCAGCUUCUCAAGAUCGUACCGUCAGACUAUGGAUUCCUUGCAUUCAUGGAGAAUCAUCAGUACUGAAAGGUCAUACAGCAUCUGUUCGUAGCGUGGGCUUCUCGCAUGAUGGCCACUUUCUAGUUUCAGCAUCCAAUGAUAAAUCAAUAAAAAUAUGGAGUGUUCACCGACAGCGCCUUUUGUUUUCUCUAUUCCAACACACUCAUUGGGUUCGCUGUGCCAAAUUUUCACCUGAUGGAAGACUAAUAGCAUCUUGCAGUGAGGAUAAAUCUGUUAAGAUCUGGGAUACGAGAAAUAAAACUUGUAUUGAUAAUUUCUUAGAUUAUGGAGGAUUUGCAAAUUUUGUGGAUUUCAACCCAAGUGGUACGUGUAUAGCUUCUGCAGGUUCCAAUCAUACAGUGAAACUGUGGGAUAUUCGAAUGAACAAGCUAUUGCAGCAUUACAAAGUUCACAGAGCAGGGGUUAAUAGUGUAUCGUUCCAUCCUUCUGGUAACUAUCUCAUCACUGCUUCUACUGAUGGUACCCUUAAGAUUUUGGACCUCUUAGAAGGAAGACUUAUUUACACUCUUCAUGGACACAAGGGACCUGUACUUUCUGUGGCUUUUUCAAAAGGUGGUGAAAAAUUUGCCUCAGGUGGAGCAGAUGCUCAGGUAUUACUAUGGAAAACCAACUUUGAUUCAUUUGAUUAUAAAGAAGUUCUUAAACACCAUAUUAGAAGAACACAUAUUGAUGAUCCUCCUCAUCUUCUUGAUAUUUACCCGAGGUCACCUCAUCUCCAUGAUGAAAAACUUCAGUCAGUUGAGGUCAACCCUACCUUUGAUGUGACUAAUACACAAACACUUGACCCACUUGUCAUAGAGAUUAGUUCCUCUUCAUCUUUCAGUAUUCCGGAUGAUGUCAGCAGUGAAGAUCUGCAGUAUGCCCCUGCUUCAGUCUUGGCAACAAGUUCAAAAAGGAAGUCGGAGAAUGAGAGGGAAUCAGCUGUGCAUUAUGUGGACAAGCAAACAGGCAUCUCCCCCUCCCUGAGUAACGCUUUGGAGCACAUCGUAGAGCAGCUGGAUGUUUUAACUCUAAAAGAUUCAGGUGAGCCACGUUCGAAUGGUCCUGCUGCUUCGUGCUGCCUUCAUCUUGCACAUCUCAAAAAGAAACAUUUAAGAUGCAAUGCGCUCAGGUGGUGAAAAGGACAGAAUGUUUCUGGCAGCAAUUCUUCCUCAGGAGAGCACUUGCCAAACAUUUUUUAAUCAUUAUUUUUAUUAAUGUUUUCACCCUAUGAUACAUGCUGGGAGCACAAGACACAUGAUAUUUGCUAAAGCCUAAAAACAGCAAAUUGAAAGAGAAAGAUGAGAUGGUUAGGGAUGGUUUCUAACUAUGUUCAAGUUUUGCACUGAUUACUGGGGAUAUUCUGUUAAAAUUAAGUGAUGCUACACCUAAAAAUUGAUGUUGUGAGCAAAAGCAGGGCUUAGCUCUUAAUCUGUAAGACUUGAAAAUGCUUGUACUUCGCAAGACCAGCUUUCACUUCUAAGAAAAUUUCAUAAAUGUAAUAAGAUGCCAUUAGCUUUUCAGUUAAGCAGUGAGUGUAAUCAGGAAAAGCAUAGUAAAUUAUAAUAUUUGAUUAUAUGUAACUGUACUGAGUGGUUUUGGUCUGCGCUGCUGUCUCUCUGCAGCUUCAUUGCUGAAACACUGUGAGCUUUUGUGCAGCUUCUGCAAUCUAUUCAGUAUAGACCUAGCCUAUAAAUAGCCACAUUAUUGAAAGGCGGUGAGAGGUUCAUUAGAGAAGUUGUGACAGCCUCGUUCGAGCCAGGGCUGAUAUAGUACCACUCCAAAUUACCAAAGAGUUUCAUCAUGUGGGUAACACUAAGCACGAAGCUGGGCUUUUGGCCACGCAACGGAGUAGAUGCCCCUCCAGUCACCCCCUUGAUCAGGACUCUCACAAAGUACGCUGCACUUCUUGCCGGCUCUGGGCAUGGGGAUUUCUUUCCAAACGAAAGCACAGCGUGCCGGAGCUCGUGGUCAGGCCGAUCUCGUCCCAGCCCAGAGCCAGGAUGCAGCCAGGGCGUAUGCCGGGGGCCGGGGCCGCAGGACAUCCUGCCCAAUGUACCUACUCGCCAGUGCAGACGCAGCCAGGGAGGAUUAGUCAUCUUAAAAUCACACGCAGGCAUAAGUACUUUGCUGACUCAAUAGGAAGUCGCUGGCUGAAAUCAGUGGGACUUCUCACAUGAUUGAAGUUACAUGCUGAAAAAUGUCUUAAUCUUGUGCGCUGUAUUCACAUAACUGGGGGACAAAGAAAGAAAAUUUGAAUAGUGGCUGAUGGCUCUUUUCUUUCCAAGGUACAUGAAAAACAAAUACAGCCAUUACAACUUAAGCUUCUUGUUACUUUAAACGGGUACUUUGCUAUUUA